CUAGACACUCAUAUAUGGGGCGCGCGUAGAGCCCGCAGCAACAGCCCCAGUCUCUCGCAGACAGCGGGAAGCGCCGCGCCCUCGCCACCCAUUGGCCCCACGGCACGUUGGGGGCGGGGCUUCUCCCCGGGCCCCGCACAUUCCGGCGCGGGCCGUGCUCCCGAAGCAGACGAGUCUUGGUGCUGCCAUGGCGGGGAUCGUUCUACGCUUGCUCUUCCUGCUCUGCGCCGCCGCGGGACCCGCGCUGGGCUGGGACCGACCGGGGAAAGUUCUGCUGGCGGAUGUUCAGGCGCUCACUCUCUACAGAGGGCAAUACACAACAUCCAGGCGGACAGCUGCGGUCCCUCAACUGCAGUGCACAGGAGGCUCUGCGGGGUGUUCCCGUGUUCCUGAGGUGGUUCAGUGUUACAGCAAAGGAUGGGAUGGCUAUGAUGUACAGUGGCAGUGCAGAGCAGACUUGGAAAAUGCCUUCCGUUUUGGACAGAUGGAAGUGAGCUGUGAAGGCUACGAUUACCCAGAUGAUCCUUACGUAUUAAGAGGCUCCUGUAGUUUGCUGUUCAGUCUAGAGCUGACUGAAGAAGGUGAAAGGAAAGUGAAGAACUCUGGAAUUGGCUCUAGCUAUUACCAGUUAAGGAAAGAUGAUUCUGAUUCUGGUUCUGGAGCAAUUGUUGUAAUUGUUCUUCUCGUUCUUGCUUUUGGAGUAUACAAGUUAUUGCUCAGCAACCAACAGUCUCAGCAGAAUUCUGGGCACAGUGAUGGCUUCUCUCAGCCCUUCUGGCAGAGUCAGCAGACACCAUCUCCUCCUGGUUUUAAGUCCACCUUCACAGAUGACAGCAGCUUUGGAACUCAUUCCCAUCAUGGAACCAGUUCAAGAACAGGAUUUUGGACUGGAUUAGGAGCAGGAGGCUUGCUAGGCUACUUGGCAGGCAGUCACAGAGCACAGCCACGUUCCCCAUAUCACAGUAUGUGGACAGAUCCCACAGCUGUACCUCCUAUGCAUGGGCACUCAAGGAAUUCCACUGCAGGAAGCAGUUCAGGAACAAGAACUGCCUCUGGCUUUGGGUGCACAAAGCGAAGAUGAAAUCCUUGACAUUAUUACAUCAGAGUUGUUGAACUAAAUCUUGUGUACUUGUACGUCUUUUAGUAGUAGUAUACUUCAGAAGUGGAUGUGAGGUAAGAAGGACUAGGCAAAGAAUUCCUCACUUUCUCUGUGGACUCUCCCUGCUAUUUAGGGUAUCACGGUGCUGUAACGUCCACUAUUUCAAAUCAGCUGCAUCUCCUACAGAAAAAGCUCAUCUAAGUUAAGAAGAAUAAUGUGACAGUGACCGUGUAUCUGUACUUGAGGCAUUAAAGCAAUGAUAGCCUUACCAGA